ACUUGUUCUAUUUUUUAUUAGUUCACAAAAAAAAAAAACAUCAUGUCCACCUCCGCAUUGAUUAUCCUGUGUCUCCACAUCUGUGCUCUACAGAACGUGUACAGCCAGUGCCUGGGCGGCGGGGUGGCAGGCUACGGCCUAGGGCCCGGCUUCGGCCCUGGGCUGGGCGCGUACGGCGCGGCGGUGGCCCCCGGGCUGGCGCUGGCGGGCCCCGGGCUGGAGUACGCGGCGGCGUACGGCGGCGCCGGCGUGGGCGACGUGGCGGUGGCCGGCGAGAUGCCGGUGGCGGGUACCACGCUCGUGGCCGGCCAGGUGCCCAUCCUCGGCGCCGUGCGCUUCGCCGGGGACCUACCCGCCGCCGGCGUCGUCACCAUCACCGGCAGCUGCGCCUGCGGCUGCGGCGCCCCAGGACCUUACUAUUACUAAAUUAGUUUGUCGAUAAUUAAUAAAUAAAUUAAAUAAGUAAUUUAA